AUGGAGUCUCUUAAGAGGCGCGAAUUCCUUGUUAAGGACGCCAUCGAAUCCGUCGGCCGGUGGUCAACUUUUCCUGACAGUUCCCUUGUGUUAGAAGAAGUUGCCUCACUCCUUGGAAUAAGAUCGUCGUACAUACAUACUAUCAGAAAGAAGGAAAACAUAAUCUUCAAGGCUUUCUGCAUGGCUAAUGAUGACGAUGCAAGAUCCCUCCGGUCACCGUCUCCAAUUUCUAUUCACCCUGAGGAAAUCACCGACACAACAUCAUCUUCAUCCACUAUCACCAAGCCACUUACAACUCGACUUUCAACACCAGUACAAGAACCUGCAAGAGCAGCUACCCCCGCUACACCAUUAUUCGACGAAUUUCCUGCACCCGCCCCAUUAUCCCCGCUUCCUUCUGGCACUUCUACUCUUCAAGAUCUUCCUCUAGCAACACCAAACUACGCUCCACCUUCACCCCUUAAAGAUGAUCUCCAAACCCCUGUUCCUGCUUCUCCUCUUCAAUCCAACACACUUCAAGAUCUUCCUCCAGCAACACCAAACUACGCUCCUCCUUCACCCCUUCAAGAUGAUCUCCAAAUACCUGUUCCUGCUUCUCCUCUUCAAUCCAACACUCUUCAAGAUCUUCCUCCAGCGACACCCACUCCACUAGACCAAGAUGAGUUAUAUACAAUUGCCACUCCCACUCCAGCUGCCAACAUGUACAAACCUACUCCAUCUGCAAAACUGCUUAGAUUCAAAGCUCGAUCCAUGCUCGUUGAUGGAAACAUGCCUCUCUACCCUUCAGCCAAGCGAGACUGGGCAACAGUUGAAGAAGAGUCCAUACUUGUUCUUCCCAAUCUUUUGUGGCCCCCCAAGAAUUGGCGAAGACUCACCCCUGAUCAGCGUCUUCUGGCUGUGGAAUUCGCCAGCAUGUCCCUUACACAGACUGAAAACAAUUCUUCGCUCCUUCUUCCAGAGCGAUCGUUCUUGAUACACAACUUCCACUUUCUUGUGCUCCCCGGCUCUGCAGGCUUUCCCCUGGAUAAUAAGGCAAAGGCCCGACUCUACACUUAUCAAUCUCUCCUGGACAUCGCGAAUGGAAAGGACCAGUCCCCGUUGGCUAAUCAGACAGGUCUUCUUAAGGCUCUCCUCUCUUCAAGAAGUCUUCAACGCUCCUGA